AUGUCUACAAAACGCAUGAAUGUCCUCGUCUAUUCUGGUGCGCUCACUCAGGAUAGUUGGCGCCGAAAUGAAAAUCUAAUGCUUUCUUCAGGACUUGGUAGUACCGUCGAAUCUGUCCGUCAUUGUCUGUUCACCCUAAGACGGCUUCUGGCUCCUCACUAUGCCGUCAUUCCCGUUACUGGGGAUAUGUUGAUCAAGGAGCCAUGGACAGCAAGCUGUGCUGCCCUCGUCUUUCCUGGUGGCGCCGACCAAGGAUACUGUAGCGCACUCAACGGAGAAGGAAAUCGCCGCAUUCGCCAAUUUGUCGAACGUGGCGGGAAAUACAUUGGUUUCUGUGCUGGUGGCUAUUAUGGCAGUGCCAAAUGUGAAUUCGAAGUGGGCAACAAGCUGCUCGAAGUCAUUGGUGAUCGUGAACUUGCAUUCUAUCCCGGUACUGAUCGAGGUUGCGCCUUUCCAGGUUUCGUAUACCACAGCGAAAAGGGAGCUCGUGCUGUUGACCUAGUCGUCGACAAGGACUUCCUCUCUGCCGGAACAGUCCCAAAUGUUUUCAAGUCAUACUACAAUGGUGGAGGCGUAUUUGUCGACGCCCCGAAAUAUCGCGACAAGGGGGUCGAGGUGCUGGCCAGUUACGCAGAUCACCUGGCAGUUGACCCUGGUGAAGGCGCUGCAGCGGUGGUUUACUGCAAAGUCAGAGAAGGCGCUGCUUUGCUGACAGGACCACACCCAGAGUUCGUCUUCUUGGGCAAGCCAGUAGAUAAUUGGUCGCUGACGAAGCCUAGGUUCGCUGCCGCCAAUCUUGAACCAAAGCCCAGCGUGCCUGGCUUUUCGGACGUUAUUGCCGCUUUGGCUAACGACGAGAAACACCGGACCGACUUUGUCAAAGCCUGUCUCACCAAGCUUGGGCUUACAGUGAGCGACGAGCAAAAUGUACCUUCCCUCUCUCGUAUGCACCUGUCAUCGUUAGAAUCCAAUGAAGCCGCAAGCUUGAUUUCAUCAUUGGCAACUAUUACCAAAAAGGAUGACCAUGGGGAAGAGUUGAUCAAGGAUGAGAAUGACACUUUCCACAUUGUCAAGCCCUCGACCUGGAAGAUGCUUGAUCUGGCAGAGGCCCUACCUUUGGAGAAUGAGUCAAAGGAUUCUACUGACCAAUUGGAUGGCAGCUCCGAUCGGAUCAUCGAUUAUAACACGAUAAUCAAACAAAUCUUAGUCCACGACCAGGAGUACCCUCAGGCAAAGGCCACGCCAUACUUCAACCAUCACGCCUUUUACUCGAACUUGCGCCAUUAUCAGACAUUGUUACCCAAAGCAACUAAUUUUGGAUCACACCUUCUCUAUGGGGAAGUCGUCACUUCGACCAAUACGUUGCUAGAAAAGAACACAAGACUGCUGCGGAUUCUGCCUCAGGGUUUCACCGCCACGGCGACUGUACAGGUUGCCGGGAGAGGGAGAGGCUCCAACGUGUGGGUCUCGCCAGCAGGUAGCCUGAUGUUCAGCACCGUCAUUCGUCAUCCGAUGGUCCUGAUGCAGACUGCUCCAGUCGUCUUCGUGCAAUAUCUAGCCGCCAUGGCAAUAGUCAAUGGUAUCAAAUCGUACGACGGUAACCUCUACAAAAAUAUGCCAAUCAAACUCAAAUGGCCCAACGACAUCUUCGCUCUAGACCCCGUCAAGGCCAAGGAGAACGGCGGUGACAAGAACGAGAACUACACGAAGAUUGGCGGCAUCUUGGUCAACAGCCACUACAACACCAAAGAAUACAUCGCAGUCUGCGGCAUUGGGCUAAACACGUCAAACGCAGCACCAACCACGUCGCUGAACCAGCUCGUUCAGCUCCUUCCCAAAGAUGUCGCCCCAUUCACCCUGGAGAAACUAUUGGCUCGGAUCCUGACCGUCUUCGAUGACAUCUACACUCGGUUUUUGGUCACCGGCUUCGACGAGUUCCUGGAGAAGAUGUAUUACGAACAUUGGCUUCAUAUGGAUCAGAUCGUGACACUGGAGGCGGAGGGCGGGCAGCGAGCUCGAAUCAGGGGUAUCACGAGGGACUAUGGCUUGCUCAUUGCAGAAGAGUUGGGCUGGGAAGACCGAGAAACCGGUAGACGAUGGACUCUGCAGAGUGACUCUAACAGUUUCGACUUUUUCAAGGGACUGCUCAAGGUACGUUGUGUAUUUUCCGUCCUUCUGUCAAAAUAUCAGCCUUGCUAG